UUUCCCCAUUUUCUCACUACUUCACAUUUUCCAGGAAAUUUCUCUGAUUUUCCUGGAAAAUCAUUUUAUCAUUCAAUUCAAUUCUACCUAUUUUCCCAUUUCAUACCCAAAAAAAAAUCAACUUCUCAUUUCCUGUGAAAUUUUAUACAUAAAGUAAACCAAAAAAAAAUCCCAAAAUUUGGUUGGGAAUUCGUAUUUACCUGAUGGGGCAAGGACAAUCCAAAAGCGAGUUGCUCUACCAGCAAGUCAGUUAUGGGAACUCCGAAGGAAUCAAAACCCUUCACAGAGAAGGUGCAGGCCUUGAGUGGAUGGACAGAGAAGGGAAGACACCUUUGAUUGUUGCUUGUAUGAAUCCUGAGCUUUGUAAUGUUGCUAAAACUUUGAUAGAACUUGGAGCCAAUGUCAAUGCUUAUCGUCCCGGACGUCAUGCUGGGACUCCAUUGCAUCAUGCAGCUAAAAGGGGCCUUGAAAGUAUUGUUAAGUUACUUCUAGCGAGUGGAGCCAAUCCUUUGGUCUUGAAUGAUGAUUGUCAAACUGCUCUUGAGGUUGCCAGGGCUAAAGGACACAGCAAUGUUGUUCGGGCAAUUGAGAGCCAUCUAUGCUUGUUCUCCGGUUGGUUGCGGGAGUUUCAUGGACCUGGGUUUCUAGAAGUUGUAGCUCCGCAGUUGGUAUCAAGAAAAGUUUGGGUGGCUGUUUUACCAGUUGGCUCCCGUAAUCUUACCCGACCUUACAAGUUGGAGCUUGCCGUGUAUUCUUCUUUGCAGGAAGCACAACCACGGACAAUUAUUCCUCUGUGGAAAGCCAAUUUGGAAGAACCAAAGCUUCACCAGUCUGAUCCGUCGGUGACAAUCGCUGAUUUCACUUCAAGAAAACGCUUUAAAUUUGGGCCUGCAAGUGAGAAUGAUAGGCAACAACUUACAUGGUUUUCUAAUGCUUGCAAAGGAAUUCCGCAGGCAAAUCCAGCAUUUUUGCUAAGUAAUGUGACUACAGUUCCCCCAACAGCACCACCAGCUGCAGAAGAUCCAGAGUUGGCUAUGGCUAUCAAUGCAUCCAUUCAGCAUGCCUUGCAAGAAAGGCCAACCGUUCCUGACGCCCAUCCAAACAUCGAAGCAAGCUCUUCAGUCAGUGGAGUGGAUACAAGCAAGCAUGGUUUUCUGGGUACACCAAAUCCAGGCACAAAUUUUAGUGAGUCUGUACAUGAAGCUAACACAGGUGUCAGUGUUUCAGCUGGCCUUCCUAGUGGUCUGGAUUUCAAUCCAUCGGCUCCUCCUAUUAAUGAUGAAAUUCCAGUAGAUGGCCCCAUUCAUUAUCCAUCAAUCGAUUUAAGCCCUCUGGAUAUAUCAUCAUCAUCUUCAGCUGUUGAGAAGCUACCUGAAGAAGGACAAAGUGCUGGUGAAAUCGGUUCAACAUGCGUGAUAUGUUUAGAUGCUCCUGCAGAAGGGGCAUGCAUACCUUGUGGCCAUGUUGCUGGAUGCAUGUCUUGCUUGAACGAGGUGAAAACAAAGAAAUGGGGUUGCCCUGUGUGUCGAGCUAAGAUAGACCAGGUCAUAAAGUUAUAUCGUGUUUGAGAUUCAAAACACUGUCGAGAAGCCUGCAAUGCCCUUGCCUGUUGCAUGAGAGUAGUAACAUAUGUUUAUCAAGAAAAAUGAAAAUGAAUUCCCAGUGAAAAUUUGUUUACAGCUUGAGAGAUGCCAAACAGAAAAAUAUUUAUACUAGAAUUAUCCAGAUCCCACAUGGGGAUUUUGUGAAUAGGUUGAUUUCAUAUGCUUCUUUCUGAGUACUUGUGGGUCCAAAUUAUCUCUUCUGGAAGGUAAAUUGUGUCUGGUGUAAGUUAUUGAUCUCAAAUACACUGCUUAGACUCUGUAAAUUGUGGAAAUUCUGAGGUCUGAAGACUCGGAGGUUUUGUUUUCAAACACAUGAAA